AUGUUGUCCACCAGCGAAGACGCCGGGUUCUACUCGCACAACCGUGAUCAUUCCGACACGGGCGAAUCGGCGGACGGAGGGCCGCAGGAUAUCCUGACAUGCGGGUCCUGCCAGAAAACGUUCGCCCUCGCCGACAUCGUGCGGUUCAUUCAGCACAAGGUGCUCCAGUGUCACAAGGAGAACUACGGCCAGUGCUACGCGCAAGCGUCCGGAGCGGAGGACCGUGACUCGGACGAUGGCCGCCGGUUGAUGCUCCACCACACCACUGCCACCGCGACCGCCACGGCCACCACCGUCGGGGUCAUGGGCCAGCGGAUCGCGAUGCGCCGAGCCUCGCUGCCGACCGUGUCCACCCGGAAGCCGGCUUCGACGACCACGAACGCCACCACCACCACCACCACCGCCGUGACGUUCGAUCCCCGGGUCCACACACCGCCCCCGACCAGCCCGGCCGAGCUGCUGCGGGACGGGGCCUCCAGCACCCCGAAACAGCCAACGCCGCCGACGACGACGGAACCCGAAAACGCAUCCACCCACUGCCCGUCGCGCGGUGCCAGCCCGCUCGGUUGCAGCCUGAACGACGACGACACCACCACCACCACCACCAUCGCCGCCAGCGACCAGAAACCGUCCGUCGUCGUGCGGCCGGCGAUCGAAAUCAAACAGGAGCUGAUGGAGCUCGACCCCACUACCGCCGCCACCAACGGUGGCCUGGAGGAUGCGCUGCUGCGGCCAAAGUGCCGAACACCCAGCAACUCCCACCACCACCCCGAGGGCGACUCCGAGCCCCCGAGUGGAACCCCCAACCCGACGGCGGCCACCGGCAACAGUGAGCCCAGUAACUACGUGUGUUCGACGUGCAAAACGAAGUACCAUUCGGCGUGGCGGUUGGUCCAGCACGUCCAGCACGCGCACGGCGUGAAGAUCUACGUGGAGUCGCUGGCCAGCACCGGCAACCAGGACGGUGGUGGCGGGGCGACCCCAACCGAGGAGUGCGACGCACCGGAAUCGGCCGCCGCCGCCGCCGCCGCCGCCGCCGCCGCCGAGGAAGAAGCGAUGGAGACGGAAGCCCCAAUCCCGGUGACGUCACCGAAGCCCGUGGAACCUCCGCGAAGUUCGAGCCGGAGCGUGGCGGAAGAGGACGAAACGGAAACCCCGGGGCCGAGGAGAACCUGGAGGGAGCCCGCGGAGAGGGGAGGGCGACUGGCCAAUGGGACGUCGGCGGAAGGUGGUCACCACCCACAGAAGAAGGCCGUCAACGGUGGCAACGGCGGUUCCGAAGCGGACGACGAGCGGGAGGAGAUCGAGGUGCGGGCGAAGCGGAAGAAGCUGUCCCAAAGUUCCAACGGCUGCGAGGAGUCACCGGCCGCACCACCCCCCACCAGUCUUCCUCCACCACCACCGUCCAGCGGGCUGCGGGGCCAUCAUCCGCUGCUCGCGCCACUUCCGCCGGACCUUCACCCGAACCCGUUCGGGUUGCUCCGGAUGCCGCCACAUCACCCACACCACCCGCACUCGCACCCGCACAGCCCGCUGUUCGGGCGGACGACCCACCACGACCACUUCCGCAUGGAGCACCUGAUGUCGGAGCAGUUCCGGAACCACGGCCUCAACCUGGCCGCGGCCGCCGUCGUGGCCGCGAACCGACUGAAAUCGCACAACCCGGCCCCCUUCAACCCGGCCACCGGUGCCACCGCCUCCGAGCGUCCACCCUCGUCCGCGUCCUCUAGCGGGGCCCUCGAAACGCCGGUCGCCGCACCCCAAGCACUGCUCGGAGUCGGAGAGCCCCACAUGGAUUACUACUCGCAGCGUCUUCGUCAGCUCGCCGGAACCACCAGCCCAGGGACAGGAUCUGGACCGGCCCUCACCAGCAGCUCCGCAUCCCCGAGCCCGCGCAAAACCACGCAACAGUCGGGGACGGCGGCGCUAUCACCGUCGCCUCGCUUCGCUAGCCCUUCGCCCUCGCAGCUACCGCCAACGCCACUGACCGGAAGCAACUCGCAGCGCCCCCAGAGCCUGACACCGCCGGAGAAGAGCGCCGUCGAGCUGCUUGGCCUUGACGCUGGCAGCUCACUCACCAACACGCCCCGUUCGGCGUCGACACCCCCGAACAAGCAGAGCACCCACGGUCACGGUCAAGGUGGACUCUCCACGGGCGGCACUGCCGAUAGCGCCCUCUACGGGUGUGAUUUCUGUGGCAAAAAGUUCCGCUUCCAGAGCAACCUCCUGGUCCACCGGCGGACCCACACGGCAGCGGCACCCACAGAGCUGCCGUUCCGAUGCACCGGCUGUGAGUUUUCGUGUAGCCAGCCGGCCAAACUCCGGCAGCAUAUGCGGCUGGCGCACGGACAGGCAGGACCCUCAACAGCGGCCACUUCGGAGCCGGAUACAGCCAGCAACGUCGGCUCGUCGAUCGAAAGUGACGUAGGCGAUCCGGACUCGGAUAACGACGCGCUGAUGGAGGCGGACGAGUUGGAGGGCGACGAGCUGGAAUCGGCGGCCCACGAGCGGCGUCGGCGACGGCACCUGCGGAACGCGGCGGCCCGAGCCGCCCGCGACGACGACGACGAGGAGCUGGACGAUGACGAUGAGGAGGAGGACGAUGAGGAGGAUGUGGACGAGGACGACGAUGAUGAUGAUGAGGCGGAGGACCUGAGCAUGAGCAGCACCCACAGCCACUCGAAGAAGGAUGGCGGUGGUGGGAGCGGGGCACUCCAGCAGAUGUCCAGCUCGCUCGUUGGGGAGCUGAUGGACAAGUUCGGGUUGUCCAACAUCGCCCAGUACUCGGAGGCGUACAAACAGGCGCUACAGGAAUCGGGCAACGCGCUCAAGUUGCAGCUGACGAGUAAGGAUCGGGACAACAACAACAGCGCGAUGGCGAUCCCCGGGCUAGCGGAGAAGCUGAACGGGUUGCCGGCUGCGCUCCGGAUCAAGGAGGAGCUGGCCAAGAGUAUGCUGCAGCAGCACCAACAGCAGCAGCACCACAACGCGCAGCUCCCGCAAGUUCCGCUGUUCCACCCGUUCGAGAAUCCGUUCGAGGCGUCGAAGCGCCUGAAGCUUGAGGGAGCGGCCGCCGACAGCUGGUGGGGUAUCCCGGGCUUGCACCGGGGCGAGUCACUGUUCGAGAACCUGAAACCGGGCCGUGGUGAUCGGGGUUCUGGAGGGCAUGGCGGUGGCGCCGGUGGCCUGCUGCAGCCGAUGCUGAAGAAGGAGAGCAAACUGCGGAACGACACGUGCGAGUUCUGUGGCAAGGUGUUUAAGAACUGCUCCAACCUGACGGUGCACCGGCGAAGCCACACGGGCGAGAAGCCGUACAAGUGUGAGCUCUGUUCGUACGCCUGCGCCCAGAGCUCGAAGCUGACGCGCCACAUGAAAACGCACGGCCGGCUCGGCAAGGACGUGUACCGCUGUCGGUUCUGCGAGAUGCCGUUCAGCGUACCGUCCACGCUCGAGAAGCACAUGCGCAAGUGUGUCGUCAACCAGGGCAAGCUCCAGCAAGCGCAGCAGCGUGAACUCCAGCAACUCCAGCAGCAACAGCAUCACCACCAACAGCAACUGGCCGCCCAGCAACAGCUAGCCGCCCAGCAGAUGGCGGCGGCUGCGGCAGCGGCAGCAGCCGCCCAGCAACGGGCCGAACAUCACCGUGAUCACCACCGUGAGCAAUCGGCGGCCCUUCUGGCAGCGGCCGCAUCCCCUUCGCACGGUGCCCCACCACAGUUGCCGCCGGGAUUGCUGUUGCCACCACUGCCAGCCGCUGUAGCCGCCGCCGCCAGUGGGGCGGCUGCGACGGCGACGGCACCGGACGACGGCACCAGCUCAGCCAACACGUCGGCCAGUUCCUCAUCAUCAUCCGCAGGCUCGGCAGCCUCGGCAGCCCUGAUAAAGGAGGAGGCGGCCACGGCAUGA